GUUACUGUUGGUCGCCGAAUCUCGGGGCACACUGAGAUAUCCCCAGGCACAAUUCACUCUCGGCUCUCACUUGAUAGCUUCAAUCUAUGCUCUUUCGCAACGAAAAAUUGCGUAGGUACCGGACAUUUUUCAAGCUCGCUUACUUAGGUACCUAGGUCACGCUAGGUGAAGCACGUGUGUGAAUCCCUGGAACAGGCAGAUGCAUGGAAAAGAGGGCUGCCUACCUAAUCAUUACGUGGCAACAGUAAACCGCAAUGCAACGGCGCCCAGGCACCGAGAUUGACCGACCUGAGUAAAAGUCUGUGUAAAGGCGGGGGGAUCUAAACUCAGGGUUUGGCCUUACACGACCGGAGUACUUAAAUUGGUGCCAGGACGCAAACCAAUCUCACAACUCUGUUGACCCGAGAAAUUUAACAUAAUGUCAACCACUGCUCUCAAUGUCUCUACCUUCUCGCCGGCCCUCUCUCCGUACAACAUACUGCCGGAUGAGUACCUCACCGCGCACCCGACCCUCAAAGGGCUCAUCGUGAGCGGCGUCGUCCUCCACGCCAACCGCGUCCUCCUCAUUCAGCGCGCACCUCAUGACGGCUUCCCCCUGAAAUGGGAAUGCCCCGGUGGCGGCGUGGAUCAGACCGACGCAACCAUCUUGUAUGCCCUCUGCCGCGAGGUGCACGAGGAAACGGGGCUAGAAGUGAGGCACAUCACAAAUUUCGUCGAUGUCCGCGACUUUGAGGGGGUUGGGAACACACUGUGGAGAACGGUUACAUUUCUGGUGGUUUUGGACUUGGGAGAGGUGCCGGUUGUGCGGCUGAACCCGGAUGAGCACGUUGAUGCAGUGUGGGCUGCGGAGGAGGAGGUAUUGCUAGGGAGGGCGCAAGGGAGGGAGCUUGAUUUUGCGUAUGAUGGGCAGAGACAAACCGUUUUAGGUCUUUUGAGGAGGUCGGGUGAUCAUGAGCUUGUAGAGCUGACGAAAGCAGGAAGUUUGCAGAAAAAUGCAUGAGUAGGAGCCACGGUUAUUGAAGAGCAAGCCAAUGAAGAUUCUGAUUCUUGGUUCGCCAUAUGGCAUGCAGCACAUGCAGUGUUGCGAUGCAAGCCUAGGUAUUUACCAAACUCUGGUAGAUAGUCUUCAAGAUUCAGCCUGAUAUAGCAUGAGUUGAAAUCUGCAUGCCUGCCGAGCGAGUUCAUGCUUGAUUGCUAUAAGCAAAUGGCUCUGGUGAUAACGCAGUGACUCUUUGUUGAUCUAGACAAGAUGUUUGAGGGAACAAUGCCGCUUGAGCGUUUGCUAUGGUGACACUUAGAUUAUACCCCGGAGACUGGAGUUGGACGACAAUUUUGGGUAUGGACGGGUAUGGAGUUAGAAGUUGCUGUUUAGUUCGGCAUCCUGCUAAUGUCCC